AUGAAACUUGUCAUGAAGUUUUCUAAGAUUAUGCAGGAUGAGUUUAAGAUGAGUCUCAUGGGGGAGUUGAAUUACUUCCUUGGGAUUCAUUUCAAGAAACUUGAUAAAGGAACAUUUGUGUGUCAAACUAAAUAUUCCAAUGAUGACUUACUAAAGAGAUUUGGCAUGGAAGAUGCAAAUUCAAUUGACACUCUGAUGCCUAUAAAUGGAAACAUGGAAAGGAAUGGAAAUGGUAAGGAUGUAGAUGUCAAGAAGUAUAUAGGUAUGAUCGUUUCUCUUCUAUAUCUCACUGCAUCUAAGUCGGAUAUUAUGUUUAGUGUGUGCAUGUAUGCUCAUUAUCAAUCGGAUCCUAAGAAAUCUCAUUUAAAAGUCGUAAAACAUAUUCUUAGGUAUCUUCAUGGUACUUCUAAGUAUGUCCUUUGGUAUUCCAAGGGAAGCGAUUGUAAUUUGGUUGGUAUACCGAUUCCGAUUUUUCUGGUUGCAAAUCAGAUAGGAAGAGUACUAAUGGAACUUGUCACACAUUUUCAAAUUCCUUAG